CUGCAAACCGAAAAGAUUUCUGCGAGUCAGGCGGUCAGCGCUUACCGAUGGAAGGCGUUUCAGAUUCAGACGCGUUUCAACUGCGUAAUCGAAUUCGUUAGAGAAGCAGUGACGAUGGCCCAGGACUUAGAUAACUGUUUUCGAGGUAUGAAGAAGCCGCCGUUGUUCGGAGUGCCUUUUAGCGUCAAGGAAAACUUCCACAUGAAAGGGUAUGACUGCACGAGUGGUCUCGGAAAAAAUAUUGGCUUACCGAUGUCAGAUGACUCUUCGCUUGUUGCACACCUACAGUUUUUGGGUGCAGUUCCGAUCGUGCGCACCAAUGUCCCACAGACGUUGUUAAGCUUCACUUGUUCGAAUCCUAUUUUUGGAGAAACAUUGAAUCCACACAACGCUACUCGGUCAGCCGGCGGUUCUUCUGGAGGCGAAGCUUGUCUUAUAGCUUCUGGAGGCUGCCCAUUCGGAAUAGGCAGUGAUUUGGCGGGCAGUCUUCGAAUUCCCGCCCAUUUCUCUGGCAUUGCGUCUUUGAAACCUACAUGUGAGCGUCUGAAAGUCACUGGCACCGAACCUGGAAUUCCAGGCACUUCCAGAAUCGUCAUUGGUUAUGGAUUCAUGGCGAAAGACGUUUCUACAUUAGUCACUCUGUUCGAGGCAGUCCUUCAACCGUCAUAUUUUGAGCGCGUGCCGAAUACGGUGCCUCUUCCGUUCCACGCCUAUCAGAGCGACAGUACUAAGCAGCUACGAAUUGGAUUUUGCCAUAGCGACGGAUGGUUCCCGGCAGUACCUGCCGUUCAAAGAGCAAUUGCGGACGUCAUUGUAGCAUUGAAUGAAGUGCCUAACAUCCUUCUUGUUCCAUUCAAAAUUCCUGAACCGGCGAAAGCAUUACAGCUGGCCUUGAAAGCCGUUAUGGUCGAUAAUGGUAAGUGGUGGCUUCGGCGAAUGUCCCAAGAGCCGGUGGACUCGUCACUGAAGGUAAUCAAACUUCCGAUACAAUUGCGUCUGGCUUCUCUUAAAGCGUAUAUGGCGAAUGUUUCGGACGUUCGAGAAACAUUUUCAGAUAUUGAUGAGUAUGUGACGUUGUUCACGAAGGCGUGGAAAGAAAACGACAUGCAGGCAUUGAUCUGUCCACCAUUUCCAUUUCCGGCAGUGGCAGCGAAGUACACAUCGUUUCUGUCGUCAGCUUGCUUUUCCACCGUACUCUUUAACAUGCUGAAUUUUCCUGCUGGAGUUGUCCCUGUCACCGAGGUAACGGAAAAUGACGAAGCCGACAUGCUGACCUAUUCUUUGAAGUUUAUUUCUCCUUACGUUGUGCAGAGUGCGAUGAAAGGUAGCGUAGGAUUGCCUGUUGGCGUGCAGGUAGUUACCCUGCCGUUUCAGGAAGAGCUUUGUCUAGCGUUAAGGCUUGAAACAAAAGAAAGUAAAGAUAGGUGGUUGAACGUUUUAUGGUUCAUAGCGUCAAACACAGCAGAUGGUAAAACCAACGCGUUUCACUACAUAGACCGCAGCAUCAUCUCGGCUCAAAAAAAAUGA